UUUGAUCUGCUAUCCGCCGCCAUGUCCUCGGCUGCCCUCCCCGUCAGCCCCGACAGCAGCGCCCCCAAGCAAGUGAAGCCCCCUCCCCCCAGAAUCAAACACCUCCUGCAGGCGCCCCCGCCGCGCCGCCCCCCGCCGGAGGUGACGCUGUCGUCGUCGGAUGAGGAGGACGUCCCCCGCAGCAGCGCGGCCCCUGUGGGGACCCGGGGCUUGCCCGCCGCCACCCCGCGACUCAUCCGCGUGCAGCACGUUAAGGCUCCCAAAGGAGUGGUGCGCCCCCCAGUCCGCCGAAUGCCGCCCUCAAUAGCCACUCCGAUUAUUGCGCCGCACAUCGCCAGCGCGCUGAUUACAAUGUGAACCCGGCGCAGAUGGCCGUGCUGAUGGCGCAUGCACGGCUGCAUACGCGGGGCCCGCCGGGGGGCGCCGUGUGGGGGGAGGACCAGAUGCUGGCCUGCUUUCCCGGACUGAACCAUCUGGCGGCCAUGGCAGCGCAUCCCGGCGCCAUGGGCGCCUUCCCGGCCAAGCUGCCCAUCCCGGCCGAUCCCCGCGACUUGAAGGGCCUGCUGGAUUAUCGCUUCGCCAUCCCCGGCCCCGUGGGCAUGGGGCCGUCCCUGCCGAUUGCAGCACUUCCGGCAACAUUACCUGCCGGCGCCCGUGGCCCCGCCGCCGCUGCCAGAUGGGCAGAUGAGGAAGAGGAGGACGACGGCGGGAUGAUCCACGGGGAGGCGUACGACCAGUAUAUCCCCAGCAAGCUGGCCCUGGGUCUGCCGCAUCCCGAUCCCAUCGUGGAGACGCUGUCGCUGGCCAGCGUCAGUCCGCCUGAUAUCACGUAUCAGCUGAAGAUGCCGGAACACAUCGGCGACGACGGACUGCUGUCGUCGCCUCAGCUAGAGUCCAUUGUCUACGCCUACCAGCGACAUGAGAUGACGCUGGGCGACAGAUGCCGGGCGGGAUAUCUCAUCGGCGACGGCGCCGGUGUGGGUAAGGGCCGCACGAUCGCCGGGAUCAUCUACGAGAACUGGCUGCUGGGUCGGCGCAAGGCGCUGUGGCUGAGCGUCAACAACGACCUCAAGUUCGACGCCGAGCGCGACCUGCAGGACAUCGGCGCCGGCGAGCUGCCGGUGCACAACCUGACCAAGACCAGGUACGCCGCGCUCAACUCCAGCGAGAACGGCAAGAUCACCAAGGGCGUCCUCUACUCCACCUACUCCUGCCUCAUCGGCGAGUCCUCCAGUCCGCGCACCGAAUGCGGCACCCGCAUCAAACAGAUUUUGAAGUGGUGCGGUGGGGCGAAAUUCGACGGGGUGCUGGUGUUUGACGAGUGCCACCGCGCCAAGAACCUCUGCCCGUCGGCUGGCGGGAAGCCGACGAAAACGGGGCUGGCGGUGCUGGAUAUCCAGCGCUUAUUGCCCAAGGCGCGCGUCAUCUAUGCCAGUGCCACCGGCGCCUCGGAACCGCGCAAUAUGGCCUACAUGACGCGGCUGGGGCUGUGGGGCGAGGGGACGCCCUUCAAGGACUUCUUCGAGUUCAUGUCCUCCAUCGAGAAACGCGGCGUGGGCGCGAUGGAGAUGGUGGCGAUGGACAUGAAGCUGCGCGGGAUGUACAUUGCGCGUCAGCUGAGCUUCAGCGGCGUGUCCUUCGACAUCAAGCAGGUGCCCAUGGAGGACGACUACCGGGCGCUGUACGACGCCUGCGUCGAACUGUGGACUUUCGCCCGGGAGAAGUUCGCAGCAGCGGCUGCGCUGUUCGACGCCGAUCCGCGGACGCUGAAGCACAUGUGGGGCCAGUUCUGGGGCGCGCAUCAGCGCUUCUUCAAGUAUUUGUGCUUAUCCGCCAAAGUCCGCCACACCGUACGCACUGCCAAAGCCGCCGUCAAGGAGGGAAAGUGCGUGGUGAUCGGACUGCAGUCGACGGGGGAGGCGCGCACCCUGGAGGUGCUGGAGGAGAAACGCGGUGACCUCACCGAGUUCGUCUCCACGGCCAAAGCGGUGUUCGGAUCGCUGGUGGAGAAGCACUUCCCGGCCUUCGACCGGCGCAAGGCCCUGCAGACGGUGGGCAUGGUCGAUCUGCUGGAGGACGCCAUGGACGCCGCGCUGGACGUUCAGCCCGAUGCCCUGCUGGCCGGCAACGCCAAACGCCGUCCCAGGCGGCGAAAUCGCACGGUGGUGGAGUCAUACAAACUGCCCGGUAUGUCGGAGUUUGAGGAUGACGACGACGACUCUAGGGAUGAGGAGAGCGACGACGAUCGGCCCGGACCAGCAGCGCAGGCGUCCUCGUCCGGACGCGCCUCGCGGGCGGCUGCCAUGGCGGCGGCCUCCGUCAACCGCAAAAUAGUCGCCAACAGUACCAAGACCGGAUCCGACAGCGCCAACGGGAACGGGAAGAAGCGGAAGAAGUCCCGGACGGUCAAUGCGUACAAAAAGCAGGCGAAGAAGCGUAAAUCCGGCACGAGCGACGAGGAGGAGGAGUCGGAUGCGUCGGAUUUCGUGCCCAGCGAGAGCAGCUCGUCGGCCGAGGAGAGCGGCAACGAGGCGGAGGAGGACGACCCGGCCAGCGGCGAGGCCUCGGGCUCGGGAUCCGGCUCGGAGGAGUCCCUCUACAGCGACGAAGACAACCCAUGGGUGCGGCUGUUGGAAGCAAAGAGAAAAGCGAAGAAGCAGCAGCGAAAGAAGGGCAACACCGCCGACAAGGGGAAACUGGACGAUGAGGAUGGUGCACAGGCUGUGCCGCCGCCAGACGGGUUGUCGUCGCGGGAACUGCAGGAUCGCGCGUGGAGACUAAAGCAGGACGUGCUGGACAAAUUCGCGGACCUAUCGGACCGGCUGCCGCCCAACACGCUGGACGACCUGAUCGACCAGCUGGGCGGACCGGAAGUGGUGGCGGAGAUGACGGGGCGGAAGGGGCGCGUGGUGGCCACCGAGGGCGGCGGCGUGCAGUACGAGGCGCGCAACGAGUCGGACGUGGCGCUGGAGAUGCUGAACCUGGCGGAGAAGCAGCGCUUCAUGGACGGCCACAAGCUCGUCGCCAUCAUCAGCGAGGCGGCCAGCUCCGGCAUCUCGCUGCAGGCCGACCGCCGCGCGCUCAACCAGCGCCGGCGCGUCCACAUCACGCUGGAGUUGCCGUGGUCCGCCGAUAAGGCCGUGCAGCAGUUCGGACGGACGCACCGCAGCAACCAGGUCAGCGCUCCGGAAUAUGUCUUUUUAAUCACGGAUCUGGCCGGCGAGAAGCGGUUCGCGGCGGCGGUGGCGCGGCGACUGGAGAGUCUGGGAGCGUUGACGCAUGGAGAUCGGAGGGCGACGGAUUCGCGGGAUCUGUCGGCGUUCAAUAUCGACAACAAGUACGGGCGACAGGCGGUGGAGAUGGUGUUGCGCAAGACGGCCGGGAUGGAGUGGCUGACGGAAUGGGACAAGGAGAACAUGGGGAACAAGUUCUUCAAGGAGGCGCCCAAGGCGCUGCUCGAUGCCGGCUUCCUGGUGCAGGAGGAGGGGCGCCGACCCCGCCUGGAAAAAGAUAAUUUGGCGAUGGAUAAAUUCCUGAACCGGCUGCUGGGCAUGAAAGUGGAGAUGCAGAACGCCAUCUUCGACUACUUCUCCUACACGAUGGACCGGCUGAUUGACACGGCGAAGCGCGAGGGCCGCUUCGAGAUGGGCAUCCUGGAAAUGGGUUUCGGCAGCACGGAAGUGGUGCCGGAGAAGAAGCUGACCUUCGUCGGGAAGACGGCGUGGAGCGCGCCGCCGGCCUUUCUCUACUCCAUCUCCGUGGAGCGCGGCCUGUCCUUCGAGGACGCCCAGGAGAUCCUCAACGAGUACGACGACGCCAGCAGCGGCUUCUACAUCUCCAAACAGGUGCUUUCCGGGAAGCAGACGGUGUGGCUGGCGGUCGUGAAGGGCGGCGCGGAGGCUGCCCGGCGCGGCCGCCCGGGGCAGCGGCCCUACUGCAUCUACCGGCCGCACAGCGGGAUGCAGCUGCGCUGGGACGCGCUGGAGGAGGUGCAGCGCAAGGGGAAGCUGGUGGCGGCGGAGGAGGCGCGGCCGGUGUGGGAGGCCAUGUUCAGCAGCAUGGGCAAGCGCUGCGUGCACGCCUACUGGACCGGGCAGUGCGCGCGCGCCAACCGCGCCGGCUGCGACGUCGGCCAGCGGCGCCGACUGAUGACGGUGCUCACCGGCAGCGUGCUCAGCGUCUGGACGGAGAUCGGCCCGAUCCUCUACAACAAGCAGGUGGUCAAGCGCAUCCAGAACGUCCGCAUGCGCUUCCGCGACAACCAGCGCAUUGUCGGGAUCGUGGUGCCGGCGGGCGUGGUGGCGCUGCUGCUGGAGGCGCUGAAGAGCAGCAGCGAGGCGGUGCGCGAGGAGCGACUGACCAAGGUGGAGCACUUGUCGGACUCGAGCGGCGAUUCCGAUGCCGCUUCCGGUUCCGAGGCGGAAUGAUCUCCCUGUCCUGUUUGUGUGCGGCGUUCUCUUGGUCUCGGUUUCUACUCAGUCGACACUUUGGUCUGGCUGCUCUGGUACAACUUGUCUUUUGUUAAUAAAUGGAAUAAAUGCUGCUUUUCUUUUGUUAAGAAGUGGACUAAAGUAGUACAGCUUUUCUUUGUUAACUGGAUUAAAGCGUCCAAGUCCUGAUCCUGUAGUAUAACACUAGUGUAUGUACGGUACGGGGGUACCUAGUAAAUUUCACAG